UAUUACAAUUUUCAGAUCCCCAAUUAUCUGCCUUUAGCCCUCAAUCUAGGGUUUCUCUCGAUUCGAAAGUAACAAAAUCCAAUCCACUGUUCUUCUUCUUUUCUUUUCUCUCCAUCCUAGUUGAAAUCCUCUUUGCUGUCAAAGAUGAACUCAACUCUUAUCCAGUCGAGUUUUGAUUCUGACGGCGACCAGAUGGUAAGCACUGAGGCUAUUCCUCGUUUGAGCACCUCUGCGUAUGAAACACCUGAUUUCGGAUCUGGAGCAAAGAGGCAGAAGGUCAUAGAAGACGACAAGAAAGCCAAGGGUGGCGACGGCGAUGUGCUGGUGGAAACCGAAGAUGAUGAUGCUGACGAGAUUGAGGAUGGCGAUGAUGAAGAUGAUUUCAUGGAGGUCAAACAGUAUACUCCGAAGGCGACGAUGCGGGAGAAGUGUUCGGAAGAUGAUGAACGCUUCCAACGCUACCUUAAUAAAGUUAUUGAUAGCGAGGGUUUUGAUUUGGACGAAGACCCUCUAAAUGUGUACCCUGUCACUGGUGUCAGAGUAUGCAGGGUACACUUUGAUAAACCUGAGCACGCCCGUCAUAAGGAAUUUGUUACCAAGUGCAUCGGCACUGCAAUUCAGCAACAUUACGACGAACCUCUGACAUACGUCGAUACCUUGACUGCAAAUUACGCAGUACAAGUUGGUUACGUCUAUUUCAUUACAUUUCGGGCCAGGAAGAAUUCAUCGUCGGAGGUCAAAACCUACCAAGCUGAGGUUUCACAUGACCUUUGGGGUGAGAUGGUGGUAAAUAAAUUCCAUGAGAAAGCCCAGUGAUCGAUCGAGGUAGCAUAUAUCUAUUUAUCUUUGUGGUUCCUCACUGUUGUGGGUGCCAGACCAGACCGCCUGUGCGGCCAAGUUGAAUGUCAAGCUAGCUGUUUAGGAUGCGGCCUCCAUUUUAAGCGGUUUGCAGUCGCUUUAUUCUCACUUGGAUAUGUAUUCCUGAAGCAGACUCUUGCACCAAUUGAUAGUUGAUUGUUUAGAUUUUCCGUUUACUGCCAUUUGAGGAAUUGUACAUAAUAAAUUUUAUAUCUUUUCUGCAUUUGCAUUCAGAACUGGAUCAAUAUGCAUUCACUAUUUAUCAUCAUGUUGUUCUUAGCUAGCACGACCAAUAUAUGCUUUUCUGACGU